AUGAACGCCAUACGGCAACAGCCUCCUGAUGAAGGCUUUGCUGGCAGCGAUACCACCUCGCAACCCGACCCCGAUGAGCCCAUGAUGCAGGCCACCGACGACGUGCACCGCGACCACGACCUACACUACCAAGUGCUGAAAGCCGGCCUGCUGAAGCUACCCAAGUCUAAGCGACUGGAGCUGGUCAAGGAAGUAUGCGAUACCUUCCCCACUGCCGUGCUCUUCGACCUGCACAAUACCAUCGGUGCCCUGGUCUACUUCGAUCCCGUCAGGUACCUGCCCACCGAAUUGGUGCUGAACAUUUUCUCACAUCUCCCGCCGAGAGACAUACUCACCGCCUCACUUGUGUCGCGACCUUGGCGAGAACAAUCUCACGAUGAGCGUCUUUGGCACGUGUGCUUCGGUCGGGAGGGAUGGAGUCUUGAUAGGAACAAGAUGACCAGACACGAAGACUUGGCCAAGAGAAGAGGAGGACGCGCUGCGGAGCGAUAUAUGCGCGUGGGAGCGUCCACUCCUAGCCCGAGCCUGGAGAGACGAGAAAGUCGGAAACGAGUGCGUGAUGAGGCUUUCAACAGUGAGAACGAGGGCACCCAGGCACCAACUAGCGCCAGACAGGCUCAUACUAUCGAAGAAGACCUCGAGGACAGUGGCAGUAUGUCGGGUGUUGAGGUCGAGACACCUUCAGCUGUUCGGUCUACGCGAUCUGGUCACUCACGCUCCAAGAGACCUGCCACGCAACCGAUCGUGGAUCUGGACGACUGUCCCCGGUCGAAUGCUCUCACCGUGGAGCCGCCUGUGUUCAGCUCUUCCACCGAGCCUAAAGUCAGCUGGCCGUAUCUAUACAAGCAACGCAGGAGGCUUGAGAAGAACUGGGAGCUGGGCAAAUACAAGAUGUUCCAGCUGCCACAUCCUAGUCACCCAGAGGAAGGACACCGGGAGUGUGUCUAUACCAUUCAGCAUUCCGGAUCAUGGGUCGUGUCAGGAUCGCGUGAUAAGAGCAUUCGAAUAUGGGACCUGAGCACGGAUCGCCUCAAGGUACCGCCGCUGGAAGGCCAUGAAGCCAGCGUGCUAUGCCUUCAGUUCGAUGAAACCCCCGAUGAUAAGCAUGAUAUCAUUGUCAGUGGAGGCAGCGACAAUUAUGUCAUCGUCUGGAAAUUCUCCACGGGGCAGCUCGUCAAGAAAUGGAUGGCACACAGCGAGAGUGUCCUUAACCUUCGCUUUGACGACCGCUAUCUUGUAACUUGUUCCAAGGACAAGACGAUCAAGAUCUGGAACCGACAUGCGAUUGACUCCGAUGACCCCAUCGUGCCCACGGGUGUCGAUGACCCUUUCAGCCAGCUUUCGAAGCAGCCAUCCAUCAUCGAACCCUACCAGCUGCUCAAGACAAUGCAUGGCCAUCAAGCAGCCGUCAACGCUGUACAGAUUCAGGGAGAUGUUAUUGUGUCGGCUUCGGGAGAUCGUACAAUCAAGUCUUGGAACAUUCAUGACAACGGCUUCAAGCGCUCCUAUAUGGGCCAUACCAAAGGCAUUGCAUGCGUGCAAUUCGACGGCCGUCGUAUUGUCAGUGGGUCCUCCGAUAACUCCGUGAGGAUCUUUGACUUCCAUAGCUCAGCGGAGGUCGCUUGUUUAGACGGGCAUAGCAACCUUGUACGGACAGUACAAGCUCGGUUCGGUGACAUGCAGACAAGCACAGACGAUGAUCUUGCGGAAGAGUCUCAGAAAAUAGAUCAAGAUUUUCUCCGACGGCUUGACCAAGGGAUGCGACCUGCCGAAACGUCGAGACGCCGACGACCUCGUAAUGCUGGUUCGAGCCGCCCAGAAGACAUGCUGGCGUACGGUACCAAGAUCCCUCCUGGUGGCGGUGGCAGCCAAUGGGCCAGAAUUGUGUCAGGAUCAUACGACGAGACUGUCAUUGUGUGGAAGCGCAACAAGGAUGGUAACUGGAACCCUAGCUUGCGACUCCAUCAAGGGAUGCUGCUCAAUCAUCCCGCGACUACCAGAGUACGAGCUACAGCCGUGACGCAGCCGGCCAAUCUGCACAAUAUCAAUGCUCAGACCGCAGCUGGCCACACCGCCGCUGCCAUGCAAACGUCCAACCAACACCUAAUGGCACAGGCGCAGAGUCAGCUGAAUCAGGUGAACGCCAUGUUGCAGAAUCCGCCGAUAGUGCAGAACCACAACCAGACUCUGACCCAAUCUCACGUUGCUGCUGUGAACGCAGCCCAACCAAACCUCACCCAGCAGCUUCAAAAUGCUCAGCAAAACCAACGACCUCUCAACCAUGUUACCACUACUCACGGCUCGAUCCCCACUCCCCACGGCACUGUCAUACACACCACCAUGACCACAACGCACUCCACACAGCAACCCCCAACAGCUGGUCCGGCAAACCCAGGCGCACCCGCUCAAUCGGCCCAACCGGCCCCAGCACCACAAGCAGCACCCGCCGGCAAUGCUCCGAAUGCAGGUCCUGGCCAUCACCAUCAUCACGGACACCAUCAUCACCACGGUCAGGCCGGUAAUGCCCACGGAGGUCAUCGUGAGUCGAACCGCGUCUUCAAACUACAAUUCGACGCCAGAAGAAUCAUCUCCUGCAGUCAGAACAAGGUGAUCGUCGGCUGGGACUUUGCAAAUGGGGAGAAAGAUCUGGAGUGGAUUGGUGAUUGGAGUGUUGAAACUGCGUAG